AUGCCGAUAUGCAUCACAUGCAGCACUCCCGUCAAAAACCUGUACACCGUUUACAGCAAAGCCGACGAUAGGACCCUUGGGAAAGGCGUUCGGCUCACUCAAUGUCCCAACUGCAAACGCUUUGCCGACAAAUAUGUCGAGCACGAUUUUGUCGUGCUGUUUAUUGAUCUGGUCUUGAUCAAACCUCAAGUCUACCGUCACCUAUUGUUCAAUAGACUUGGCCGUUCCGACGACAAAUUUGAUCCCAGCAUUCUACGCUUGGGAAUCUUGCUAGUGCUAUUUGAUGUCUAUAUCACUUGGGCCAGGAUCGAGAGAACAAGUGCCGCAGCAGGUGGUGCCGAAUGUGCCUCCAAGCUCAGCGAAAUGCCUAUCCUUACGCAAUAUCUAUUCUUCCUCACCAUGAAUGUUCUUGCGACACUCGCCCAGCAUGGGACCAUCCGCAUGCUCGUACGAGCCCUGCUAGCUCAUACACGAGAACAGGGUGACCGCAACGACAAUAAAUCACCCGUCUCGGCUUCGACAGCAGAGACCACACCAUAUUCGCCCGGCUUGACAGCAAAUUAUGCCAGCCCUAGUGCAAUUAGCACAGCACUGCUGGUGUCAAGCUGCACAAAGCUGUUUCCUAUCUUACUCGUCAUAUGGCCCACUGAAGCGAGGGGAGGCGACUCGUUUGGGUUCGCAUUCAGGGCCACCAAUUACGUUGGCUGGGCAGUUCUCCUCAACAACAUCGAGGCUUUGCUGGUUUUGCUCAAUUGUGGCUACAUCGUUGCAACGGGAAUUGCAGUGUCUGGCGUGCUGGCAAGGUGGCUUGUGGAAGGUUGGGUAUUGAGCUUGCUAGGCUUGGGUAGAGAAACUGGUCCCGUGGGUGACAUUGUGGCGGCUUGCAGACUCCUUCGAGGCUGGCUGACCGGGGGAUAA